GGAAAUGUGUUUAAAGUUUGUAAAAAUGAUGUGAAACAUCUUGAAUUUAAUUUCACUCUUUUAGCUUUCGUUUUCGAUUGCUUCCUGUGAUAAUUUAGCACAAAAACUGAAGUGUUUCAAUUAUUUUUAUUAUUUUAUUUGAAAAGAAAAACAUAAAAGACAGAGAGAGAGAAGCAGCUUUAGGAAGAAAUAGUUUUUCUGAGUUCCUCUUAAAAUAAUUUUGCAUUUCUUUCUUAAAAUCUUGAUGAGCUAUAUAUAUCUGUGUGAAGGUGGCAUUAAUUAUCUUUUGUGUCUUUUAAUAAUUUUUUAACCAUUUCUGCCAGGCUGUAAUAAUUGUGAAGCUUAAAACUUCAUUUUUGAAAUCAAGAACUAGCUGCACAAGUUUGAGUUUAUCCGUGAUUCUUUCUUUUAUCCACUCAGGGUCAAAAUAUGCAUAAAGACUCAAAUAUACACAAAUAUUCACAAAAAUAUUCUAGGAUGUUUUGCAACUUGUGGGUACUGUAGACUUGUCCAAAAAGCUACAAGUAUUUAUAUUUCAGCCGCUGGAUUAUAAUCUGAAUAAAUAAAACAAGUAUAGUGGCCAGUUUAUUGAAAGCAGCAUUUUCACAUUUAGGAGGAUUAGUCAAAUUAAAACGUUUGUGUGAAUGUUUCCAGCCGGCUGGUGGAAAAGUUGCUUCAGCUGCUUUACUUUCUCUCCAGUCUGACAUUAAAGUUUGUCUUCAUUAAUUCACAGCAGUUUAAGGGAUUUCAGAGGAGCAGUGGCGACGUUAAAGUAUGCGAUUAAUCUAAAAAGUGUAAUGUGUUAAUAUUACAUAAUGCAGAUUAAUCGCAUUACUAUUUCACACAUUAUCUAUUUUGACUCUCUCUCCUGCGGAGGGUCACCUUGGUCUUGUACAAAACAAAACUGCGAGUGAAAAGAUGAGUGAGCAGAGUCGGACUGCUGUAAUCAAAUUUCGCUUUAAAAUCGUCGUGAUGAACAUUUGGAUAAAAUCAAGGUAGGAUGCAGCGUAGUUUUUGUAACGAUAAAUUAAUCUUCCACCAAAGUACAACCAGUUUGUAGUCCACAUUCCUAAAUUAUGUUUCAAACAACAUUCUUCCUUUCCUGAAUAUGAAAACCUGGAAAACUAAUAUAUUUGUUCUUUUAUUUUCAUCUUUUGAAAACAUGUAAAUUUUUACAUUUCUAGCUUCCAAAGUGAAGCACAGCAACUAAUCACAACGCUAGAGUCUGAUUAAUCAGAUUUUUUAAAAAUCAUUUGACAGCACUAAUAUAUAUAUUUUACAUUUAUGUCUUGAUUGAAGUGAUGCCUCUGUAUGAACUGAACGUGAGUCUCUGGGCCCCUGUGGCCCCCCGUGGCCCUCUUUGGGACCGCCACUGAUCAAAUUACAGAUCCAAUCACUUCAGGAAGUUUCUAUCAGAAACAGGCUGACGAUUCAGCACAACCAGAAUGAAAAGGUUCCCCGAUCAUGAUGCUGUCUCCUGAUCAGAACUUCUCAUUAUCAUGCUAGUGAAAGUUGAAAGUUGUCGGGUCAAAUAAAUCUGUCUUCCAUCUUUGGAGCUAAUUUCCAAAAUCCCAAAACGGAAAAUUUGGCUUUUGGUUCAUCUGUACAGAUAUUCUGUUUUCAAAUCUCUUUCCGAUGUCAUUUUAUAGUUACUGGGCCGCCAUCAGAACCAGAACAAACCUUCACUGGGGUCAGGGAGGGGUCUGUGUUUCCACCCAGUUUUCGGACGUUUUUGAUAUUUUUUAGAAAUCUUAGAAUGGCUGCUCUCUUCUGCAUCCAGCCUGGGUGGAGAUGAACUGAUGUGAAAGCUCCAGAUUUUCAACAAUCCUGCUGUGUUCAAAGACAGUUUUUUUUUUUUUUUGCCUUCGCAGUCAGGAGGUUAGGAAGAGUCUUGUGAUUCCUUCAUUAUUUAUUUAGCCAUUCCCUCGAACCCCACAUGGUGGAUGUCAGGGCUGAAAGCUGGGUGUUACAACUUUAUUUUUAAAAAUUAUAUAACAACUUAGAGGUGUCGAACCAGCGCAGCCUCUGACCCGCCGCUGCAAUCAUGAGUAACGUGGAGAUCCCGGCCGGCCUGAAGGAGCUGCUGCAGGGCUACACGGUGGAGGUGCUGCGCCGCAGGCCUCCCAACCUGGUGGAGUUCGCCGUGCAGCAUUUCACACGAAUCCUGGAGAAACAAAAGAACGAGCAGCAAGCCAGGAAGAACAGCAGCAAGCCCGCCGCCAAGGAGGUCACGCUUGAGACGGCGUCAAACAAAUCUAACGAAAACGACGAAGAUGAGGAGGUGAAGGAGGCUCCCAAGGCCAGGACUGGGAGAAGUCGCAGAGUCGCAGUUUGUGCAGAAGCUUAUGACCCUGAUGACGAUGCGGACGACAACACCGAGCCUCAGGUCGUGCAUCCCAAGACAGAAGAGCAGCGCCAACGGCUUCAGGACGCGUGCAAGGACAUUCUGCUGUUCAAGACUCUGGAGAAGGAACAAUUCUCUGAAGUUCUGGACGCCAUGUUUGAGGUUUUGGUCAAACCUCAGGACCACAUCAUCGACCAGGGAGACGACGGGGAUAAUUUCUACGUCAUAGACAAAGGUGUGUACGACAUCUUCGUGGCGAAGGACGGCGUGAACGUGUGUGUGGGAAAGUACAACAACAAGGGCAGCUUUGGGGAGCUGGCCCUCAUGUACAACACGCCGAGAGCCGCCACCAUCGUAGCGACAGAGGAGGGCGCUCUGUGGGGCCUGGAUCGAGCCACGUUUCACAGGCUGAUUGUGAAAAACAACGCCAAGAAGAGGAGGACGUACGAGGCCUUCAUCGAGUGUGUGCCUCUCCUGAACUGCCUCGAGCUCUCUGAGAGGAUGAAGAUCGUUGACGUUUUAGGAGCGCGAACGUUCAGCAAUGGAGAUCGCAUCAUAGCACAGGGCGACAAAGCUGACUGUUUCUACAUUGUGGAAUCAGGGGAGGUGAAGAUACUGAUCAAAACCAAAACGAAGGCGGGGAAGCAGGACAACACAGAGGUGGAAGUGGCUCGUUGCUCCAGGGGGCAAUACUUUGGAGAGCUGGCGCUGGUCACCAACAAACCCCGCGCAGCGUCCGUCUACGCUGUGGGAGAAACCAAAUGUUUAGUGAUCGACAUCCAGGCCUUUGAGCGCCUGCUGGGUCCCUGCAUGGACAUCAUGAAGCGGAACAUCUCCCAGUACGAGGACCAGCUGGUGGCGCUGUUCGGCUCCAGUGACGAUUUGAAACACUAGGACUGGACCCGAACCAGCGAGUGAACGCUAGUAUGACGUAGCCGCUUUCUGACGCUGCAUUUAGUGCACAAACUGUUCUCCUUUAGUCUCUCUCUGUGUGUGUGAAUCUAUUAAGAUAAUGUCUUACCGUCGAAAUAAAACAUAGAAUGGAAACCA